AUGCCCAAGUUCAAGCAACGAAGAAGAAAGCAAAAAGCCAAAGCUAAGAGAUUAUUUAAAAAAAAAGAAGCAUCUCGACUUCUGUCCAAGCAAAUUAAACCUUCCCCUCCAUCUCCCCCUCCUUCUCUCCCUCUCCCAAGGUCGCCAGAAAGAGUGGUUAAUCCUCUACCAGACACACCCAACAGCAGAAGCUGGCUCAGGUCAACCUGUAAUUUCAAUUUUCCCAAUAUUAAAGGUGCAAUAAGACUAUGGACAAAUAGAGUAUGGUCUCUAUAUAGCUGGUGUCAGAACUGCAUAGCUCAGAGUUUAGAAGUUUUGAAAGAUACCAUUUUUCCAUCUCGUGUCUGCCUCCAAGAACUUCAUAGUUUAAAACAACGGUUUUGCAUUUUGGAAAGUGAAUUCUGCAAACUUCAAGAAGCACUUCUGCAUCUUCACUGCUUCUUUCUCCUUUUGACUCUUAAGGUUCAAAAGGUUUCUAAGAAGAUAAUACUAAGGCCAAGACUUGUACCAUCACCGAAGGCACUGAGUCCCCUAGUUACCGUCUCUGACCUGCAGCGUGUUACCCUGAAACCUAACUCCAACGUGUUAUCAACUCGAGUAACAAAUGUCUUAAUAACUCCUGGGAAAAGCCAGGUAGAUCUACGGAAACUACUUAGAAAGGUCGAUGUAGAGAGAAGCCCAGGUGGAACCCCACUUACCAAUAAAGAAAACAUGGAAACAGGAACCGGACUAACCCCAGUAAUGACCCGGGCCUUGAGGAGAAAGUUUCAGAUGGCUCACCCCAGAAGCCCAAUUCAAACUCUGCCCUCUUCUACAAGCAGCUUUGAUGAACAAAACUGA